AUGAUAAAGAAUCUGGGCUUCACACGGGUCGAGCGGUACAAGAACCUUUAUCCCAUGCCUCAAAGUGAAUAUCUAUGGAAAGGAAUGGCCAGUGAUGAACCGGUGUCAUUCACCGACGCAGGCGAUUUGAGUGGAGCUGCCAAGCCCACAGGCGAACAGGGCGUGGCUGAAGGACAAGCGGAACAGAAAGGAUCUCAAGACAAAGGUCCCAGUGGAUCUAGCGAAUCAGCAGAAAAAACAAAAACGAGGAGAAGGAAAAAGAAAAAGAAGAGAAAGACGAAAAGAAAGAGGAAGAGGGAUCGCUAUGAGUCUCAGAAUUUUUUGUUGCGGAUUGAGGGCACCCUUUGUUGUGCAUCUAUAGUUAUUGCUUUUGUAUGGGCUGCAACGAUGUUCUUGGCUCUGUUGGCUUUCUUAGUGUGGGCAAAUUUCUCUAUGUCGGCAACAAUACAAUCAGCCAAAGAAGAAUGGGCAUCAUAGUUGUGUUAUUUG